AUGGCGCCUUCGCCGCUGCGCCGCGACUAUUCACUUGGCGGGGAGUUCUUCGAAACAAACAUACGACGAACGCCAUCACUAAAAGCCCCCUUGGACCCUAUCAGUCCUCAAACAUUCAUCCUCAGAACCGAGUCUGUCGCGAGCAGUGAGACCGAAGACACGUCCACGUUCGGCCUGGACGGCCUGGACGGCGCGGACCACAACGGCGCGCAAGAGACUCUGCAUGCUAGGAGUACCGAUGAGCCUAUUCUGGAUGGCCGCCAAAUCGACAUGCUGUCCAUUGACAGUGCUCGGCCCACCAUCUCCAUGGAUGCGCAGAGAAAGCGCACGUUCUCUCCGUCCGUGACUUCAGCUUCUGUCCUCUCAGAUGGGGACGGCAGAAGAAGCAAUGCAAGGUCCUCCACCAAGAUGCCGGAAUUCUUCUCCCAAACAGUGUUCCAGACGUGUCUUCAGAAUCCAACAAUCAGCCAUCAGCUGCUCAGAUUUUCGCAAUCCAGGCUGGCCGGCGAGAACAUGGAAUUCCUAGCGCGGGUCCAACGGCAUCAUGCUCUAGUAGACGAAGUUCGCAAAUCCAUGUAUGAAACCCACCGAGACUACAUCUCCAGCCGCGCUCCGAACCAGAUCAACAUCGAGGAGCAAUCACUGCUCAAAGUCAACAGCGAGGCCAAGACUGCGCUGCAGACGACAUUGCCACUGCUGGAAAGUGUGUGGCAGGAUGCGCAGGCGGACGUGGAACGGCUUGUUUUCGGCAACAUCUACAGUGACUUUGUCCGUCAGCAGAUGUCACUCAGCGCUGCGAAGGCUUUGGGGAACGACCAGAACAAGUAUGCUGGACUUGGAGACUGCUUCGUUCUCACGGAUCCAUCGAAAGCCGACAACCCCAUCGUGUUCGCCUCGGAUGGCUUUGUCAAGGUGACUGGAUAUUCUAGGUCCGAGAUCAUCCCUCGGAAUUGCCGAUUCUUGCAAGGCCAGCAUACGGAUCAAUCGUCAAUCAGAAGGCUCAAGAGGUCCAUCGAACACCGACAGGAGUCAGUCGAGCUACUGCUCAACCUACGGAAAGACGGCAGUCCGUUCUGGAAUCUGCUUUACACGACGCCACUCUUCUCUCAGACCAGCCAGGGCCACGACCGACAACCAAUCUUUUUCCUGGGCGGACAGAUCAACUGCUCCUCUACCAUACACAACCAGUCCGACGUCCUGCGAAUAUUGUCGCAAUCGAAAGAAGAGGAGCAGCCGGCCACGCAGCUUUCUGCGCCACCGCCGCUGCGACAGCCUCGCAGUCAAUCGUUCUUGAAUGCUUUUCGAAGACCCAGUCGAAUGUCCGCCGCUCCUCAGAAAACGCCAGGCAUGGAGAAUAUCUUGCUUAACCAGAUGGAAGAGGUUCCGUUGGAAAGUCAGAUCAACAAAUUCUACACGGCUUAUUCCAAUUACAUAAUCAUCAACUACAGCACCUGGCUCAUCUCCUUCAUCUCCGCCGGUCUCGCGGACACACUCUUCCCCAUCAAAGCCAAAUCCGCCCUCCAUGCUCACGCCAUCGGCGCCGACGUCUUCAAAUUCCUCUCGAAUCAUGGCACUGGAUCGCUGAACUGGGAGUUCAAGUCUUCGGUGAAAAGCGCCCUGAAGAUGGGUAAUGCGAUCACUCUGGAUCUGAAAUUGUGUGCGAGACCGCUGAUGGGGCUUGAGCGGUUCGCAUUGCAUUGGACGCCGUUGAAGGAUGAAGGGGGGGCGGUAGGGUGGAUCGUCCUGACUUUGGGAAACGAACAUCGGGUGGGAAUGGCAUAUUGA